GAAUUUCUUUUAUCUCUAUUUUAUGUGAAAAUUUUUCAUUUUUCUCUUCCUUCUUUUUGUGCCACAUUCAAGCAAGAGAAAAGUUAUUCUUUUUGGCAGUUGAUUCAAAGCCGCAAAGAUCAAUUGCUACAAAAGCCGGUUAACGGGGGUGUAAUGGCAGAUGAAAUAACGACCACGGUUUGCACUAGCAUAGAGGAGAAGCUGCAAGCACUUACUUCAACAUUUUCGGAGCAUACCAUUUUUAGAGUGCCUCGCCAACUAUAUGAGGUGAAUGAAAAAGCCUAUGAACCAGAAAUCAUCGCAAUUGGUCCUUAUCAUCGUGGCAAAAAUCACUUGAAGAUGAUGGAAGUGCACAAGGUUCGGUUCUUAGGAAUGCUUCUAGCCCGAACAAAUGGGCAUCCUGCCGAACUAUUUGUAGCAGCACUGAGAGGUAUGGUUGAAAAAGCCCGUAACUGUUAUUCAGAAUCUUCAAGUGUUAGCACAAAAGACUUCCUAGAAAUGUUGGUGCUUGAUGGAUGCUUUAUUGUUGAGUUUAUUCACCAAUUACUUGAUCGUAACAUGGAUGAGUAUGUCUUUAGAUUGGAGCCAACUUUUCCCGGGAUUUUGCAUGAUUUGAUUCUAUUUGAGAACCAACUUCCUUUCUUUGUGCUUUGGGAGCUGUUUGGUAUAAUGAGGGCAUAUGAGAGAAAAAAUUAUGUUCAGCUUCUUCUACGACUCUUCCGUAGCGAGAUACCGGGACUAAGAGUUGAUGUUGCCUAUGACAACACUUCAAUUGAAAGUGUCAAGCAUUUACUAGACUUGGUACAUUGGAAUUGGCUUCCUUCAAGAGAAGGAAGGAAGGAUGACUCGCGAGCAUCAAAAGAUGGCAAUUGGCCACUGAUACGUUCUGCUACAGAGCUUAAAGAGGCUGGAAUUCGGUUCAAGAAGGGUAAAGGAAAUAGCUUCUUUGACAUAAUGUUUAGAAAUGGGGUACUCGAGAUUCCUAUGAUAAAAGUUACAGAUACCACAGAGCGUUUGUAUCGCAAUGUCAUUGUCUGUGAACAAUUUGAGAAAGAAAUUCCAAAAUACUUCACUGAAUUUACCUUGUUUAUGGAUUGCCUGAUUAAUUCAGGGAAAGAUGUGGAGUUACUUUGUCACUGUGGAAUAAUUGAAAAUAUGUUAGGCAAUGAUGAGGCUGUUGCGACCGUGUUUAAUAGGAUCGGAGAUAAUGUCAUUGUCGGCGUCUCCAGCGAAUUCUAUGCCCGGUUAUGUCAUGAUGUCAAUGAGCAUUACAAUGCACUUUGGAACAAAAGGAUGGCAAGCUUAAGGCACAACUAUUUCAACACUCCAUGGGCGCUCAUCUCCUUUCUUGCUGCAGCUUUCUUGCUUCUGCUUACCCUGCUUCAAACGACAUUUACCAUUUUUCCUAGACAUUAAUCUUUGAUGUAGAGUUAGUGAUAACAAAAUUUGUCAUUUGUUUAAAAGUUAAGAUUGACUUCUACGCAACUUUUAUAUGUAUUAUUUAUACAAAAUCUUAAUAAUUUCAACUCUUAACU